ACAUAUGUCAAUCGGCUGGCGUCCGAGCCCAAAUAUACAGUUCACAGAUUGAAUUUCUGAUAGAUUUCCAUGCCUGCGUGAAGGAUUUACGAUCCUCCGAGUUUUAUUUCUUGUGUGUAGUCUCUUGUGAUAAGCUACAGUGGCCAUGGAUUUCCUGUUUUACUCGAAGAGGAACCUUGUUCAAUUCAUGUGUUUCUGGGUUUGGCUUUGUUUUGUCUUGUUAGGAUCGUCGCUCACAGCUUCUCAAUCAACUGGGCUGAAGUGGCAAACUCAACCAACGCCACAAACAGUAGAAGCCGGCAGUAGCGUGUCUUUUACCUGCUCAGCAGAUUACACGAAAAAGAUACAGCUUUACGAGUGGGAACAUAAUGAUGUAAGUUUACAAAAGGACGAUCCUCGAUACACUCUUAAGAACGAUGGUAAAACAUUAGAAAUAUCCCAAACAAAGUUCGAGGAUCGCGGAAAUUACCGAUGUGUGGCCACAAGAAAGGGUAAAGUCCUUGGUAGAAGUCAAAAUGCAGCGCUGAAUGUUAAAGGAAUUUGUGAUACAGUUCAGUUAAGCGUCAAACCGUCAGGCAAUACAUUCCUCACAGGGACUGAUUUACAGUUACGAUGCAAAUGUUAUUUGUAUCCUCUUGGAAACUACACAUUUACAAAGGAUAACACUCCUGUGGUAGUGGGCGGGCGAAUUUCUGUGAGUCGGAACAAGCUAUUCAUUUACAAUGCAACUGAAGGAGACAGUGGUAAAUACUCGUGUAAAGCUACACUAAAUGAAACAUCAUCUCGAAGUUCACAAGCACCAUUAUCUGUUACUGUAGUUGUUGGGCAAUUUCCUCAAUUUCAAGUACCCCCUCCAGGAGAGGUGAUAGUUAUAGAGAGGAGUCUAAAGCUGAUCCCCUGUAAAGCAAUUGGAAAACCUCAGCCAGACAUAAACUGGUAUGCUGGCAAUGUUCGGGACCCAUUGCAAGACAAUGCAAAAUACACUAUAUAUCAAAAUGGGUCACUACUGAUCAGGAAUAUAGAAAAACCAGAUGCUUUAAAGUACACAUGUAAAGCGAAGAACUUGGUUGGGGAAACUAAAGCAGACAGCACAGUGAAAAUUGCUUAUUUGGAUAAGGUUGUCCUUGAAAAGACCAAACUUUACAUUCUCCUUAAUCAUGAAACUGAAGUAUAUUGUAGGAAACCUAGUGGACUUCCAGAACCAACCAUCACUUGGGAAAAAGCUGAUAACCAACCUUUGCCAAAGAAAUUUGGUGUCGAAGGUUGCUGUACUCUGAAGAAAAACAGAACCAAGCAAGUUGACUCAGGAAACUACACGUGUAUAGCAGAGAACAUGGCUGGAUCUGAGUCCAGUACUGUUGAAAUCAUAGUAUCUGAGCGACCGCAGAUUAUUGUUAAACCCCAAAGCCAAGUACUGAAGGAAGAUGACAAAGUUAUACUGAACUGCAAGGCAACUUCAAAACCACCAUCAAAAAUAUCAUGGCUCAAAGGUUCUGAUCCUAUUACGCAAGAUGGGCGGGUGUCUGUGUUAGCAAAUGGAAGUGUUGUCAUUACCAAACUUGUUCCGAAAGAUACUGGAUUCUACAAAUGUUCUGCAGAUCAUGACGGGGGCUGGUCAGACAGUGCUGAGGCUAACCUCACUGUCAUGGCUAAAGUGAAGAUGCCAGAUAUUCACAUCCACCAUGUAUUUGCCAAUCUCCAUACAAAAGAGAAGAUUAGGUGCGACUUUGACGGGCAUCCUACAAUUAAAGUUACAUGGAAGAAGGCUGGCAAAAAAGGAGGCAGCUCAUCACUUGAUUCAGAACGAAUUAGACAAGAGGGGAACACAUUGUAUUUCGAACCAGUCGAGAAGGAAGACGAGGGCCAGUACUUUUGCAAGGGUGAAAACUCGUUUAGCAGUGCUGAAAGCUAUGUUAAUGUCUCUGUUAUUGUAUAUCCCACUUUUCACGUGCGACCAAAGAACACAACAGCAUUUGUAAACGACAAUCUCUGGCUUCACUGCAAUGCUACUGGUGAUCCCAAACCCAAGAUCAGCUGGAGCAAAGAUGAGCAGGGUGGAGACAAGCUUGACGAGGAAAGGUUCAUUGAACACUCCAACGGAACUCUUCACAUCAAAAAUGUGCGCCUUGAAGAUCAAGGCGGAUAUUACUGCAUCGCUGCCAACCGUGGUAAACUGAGACAAAGCAAGUUCAGUCUUGUCGUAGAGACUCCCCGCGAUAAGGAAGCCACCAAGUCUGUUGGGUCCAUGGGCCGCACCAUAGGUAUUGCGGUGGGUUGUGCAGCAGCAUACAUUGUUCUUGUGGUGGGAUUGAUGAUCUACUGUAAAGGCCGGCGAGCCAGGCAAAACAAGAAAGAAGAGGUUAUGGCUCCAGAAUGCGAGAAUCUUAAUGCCAAUGGUGACAUCGAGCACCGAGAUGGAGAAGGCAACGAUAUGACAAUGAACCCGAUCUACAGAUCCCAGCCCAGUUAUGACAACAUGGAGUUCCCCAGGCAUGACCUCGAGGCGCUCAGGAGUCUGGGCAACGGGGCCUAUGGUCGAGCAUUCCUGGCGCGAGCCAGCGGGAUUCGCGACGGCGAAAGAGAAACCAUGGUCGUGGUGAAGGCCUUGGUUAGUAAUGAUGACCAGGUGCGCGAGGAGUUCAAUAAAGACGUAGACGCGCUGUGUAACCUGCAUCAUGAAAAUGUUGUUGCACUGCUUGGUGUCUGUAAGGAGGAAGAGCCGUUUUACAUGAUCUUCGAAUCACUGGAAAAGGGUGACUUGAAGCAGUUUCUCCUGUCUUGCUACGAUAACGGUCGAAGCACGAUGAAUUCGAAUCAGAAGCUCGCUAUCUGCGGACAAGUGGCCUCGGGAAUGAAAUAUCUCAGCUCGCAAAACUUCGUCCACAAGGAUCUUGCUGCAAGAAACUGUAUGGUGGGUAAAGAUCUAAAGGUCAAGAUCGGCUUCUUGAGUUUAAGUUACGACCUGUACAACGCCGAGUACUAUCGCUUCAAUAACAUGCAGAUACCGCUCAGAUGGAUGCCUCCUGAGGCGAUCUUCGACGAUGAUUUCUCCGAGAAGAGCGAUGUGUGGUCAUAUGGCGUUCUGGUUUGGGAGAUUUACACUCUUGGUCAGAUGCCCUACCACGAUCGAUCCAACGAAGAGGUCCUUAAAUGCGUCAAGAAUGACCUUCGUCUGUCCAAACCGGACAACUGCCCUGAUACAGUGUUGGAGGUGCUGGAAAAGUGCUGGGAAGGCAAUCCUCUUGCCCGUCCAUCCUUUUCGGAAAUUAUGGCAGAUGUAUCAGGAAUUACUGUGGAUAGCCAUGUUUAGUUUCAACCCUUACUUGGCAGUGGGUUUUAAAUGAAACUAGAUGCGCCACUCCGUUGACAAUCAAACCGCGCCAGCCUCAGUAGUUUACCACGUGAUUGGUUUCUUUUGAAACGUGACGUGCGCGUGAUUUAUCUUGGAAAUUGAUUACGAAAUGUGAAACAAUAGUAAAUUAUAUUUGCCUGAAAGUUCUUGUCUUCUUAAAAGAUUUCGGACCUGAAAGGUCUGUUUUCAACUGUGCUGAUUUCGAUCUUCUUAGGGGCGCUGAAAUUGCGGAGAAUUUGAUUUGAAAACUCAAAAAAUGUAUAUCUGGUGUAGGAAUUUACCCUUCUGUACGCUAAAUUUGUGUACUUUUAAUGAAGGAAUCCAUACAAGCAAACUAAGCAGCCGGUUCCGAGCGAACCGGCAGUGAACAGAGUCCUAUCUCAAGAUUGAACUUAGAUAACAAUUUGGGUUUUGGGUGAACCACUGCGCUGAUAAAUAUGGCCUGAAGAUAUUUAAUAUGCUUUUUGUGCGGUUUUCUUUAUAAUAUGUUGAAAUACGUGCAUUGCAUUGGACAGAUAUUAAGUUCAUUUCGGCCCAUUCACAUGUAUUCACUUUAACUGGAAAUUGUGUUCACUUGGCCCGCGCUGAGUCGGUGGACCUUGUUUAGAUGGCCCAAGCCUACAAAACAACGGCAUUUUCAUUGGAAGUAGCUUUCACGUUAACGGCACUAAUCGCUAAAAGCAGAGCAUUUUUAGAUGACCCGAGCGUACAAAACAUCGGUUUUUCGCUCAGUCUUCGACAGUCUUCUAAGAGUGGGUCCAAUUUUUUGUAGAAACUUUGACAUGUCAACUUUCUUUAUCGCAACCGAUAAAUCUUGGUGUUAAAUUAUCCCUUAAUUCAGUGUGAACCCAAGUCGACGAGUGAACCGAAUAGCGUGUCGGAAAAUGUAUACAUGUGGAUGGGCCGAAGUGUUAUUUUUUAGGGAUGGGGCAUGCUUGAAAUUAGUUUAGAGCAGCGGGCGAAGUUAUAAGUAAAACACGAGGGCUAAUUUUGCGAGCUUUCGGCCUGCAGAACUACUAAGUAAGUUCGUGGUGCAUUUCAUUUAACAAUCGAAUCAAAUCCUGUCUUCCCUUCAUCAGUUGAGUCUUGAAACUCUCGAGGAUAUCGUGGACUUAAGGCAAUCUGUUCUUUGCCUUGGUCGAUGUACUCCGUAAAAAAAGCUCAGAGCUAUGACCUAGACAGGAGGUGCACUUCGAACCAUAAUAUUACACAAACCAAACAAAAACGAAGACUGUGCGUAUGAACUGGCUGUCAGCUACAAAUGUUUCGAGAAACAUGAAGUUCUUUUUUAAUGUUUUUAUAAUAUUUUUAAUUAGCUUUAAAUUAAUUUGCUACAUAGAAUAAGGAUACAUAGAACUUAGGGUUGAUCCUGCGGGGAUGAACAGUUAAUGUAAUAGUUGAAAAUAUCAGGGUAUGUUGGGCGUGUAAGUUAAUUUAAGUUUAAAACAUUAAGGGCCGGUUAUUAAAAAAGCCCCUGUAGGUGGAAGCUAUAAUCGCAAGUUAGGUGAGCUUUACUCCACAUACACUGUCUUUCAUCUUGAUGUGGCAAUUUUAUUGCAGUUAAGGCCAGUUCUUUCUUAAAGGCCGUCUAACCUUCGUUUUAAUAAUCGGCCUAAAUAAUAUAAUGACCGCUGGAGGGGUAAACAAAAUUUUACGCUCAUUUAAGUUAAUAAAGUAAGAAAGAUUUCUUCAUGCUAUUAAAUUAAUUUAAACGCUUCUUACAUUCAAGAAGUGGAUGCUUUCCUUUGUAUAGCGUAAUGGUACCGUAAAACCGGUCACAUCGGAUCUGCAACAGGGCGUGACGAAUACCCGGUGUGACCAUGGCAACCAUUGAUUUCACUCGGAUCAGAGUAACUUUCUAGGUGUUGCGUGACAUAUUUAUAGUGACAUUCUGCGUCGUUGCGUUAUUUUUAUCGACUGUAAGUAUUUUCUCGCGUUAAUUGUAUGGUUAGUCGCUCAGAGAUUUACAUCUACGCCCGAUUUUUUAAAUUAAUGAGCGUUUUGCAAUUAUUGUUUUUAAUAUCACGAACGUUUUAUUCGGUAAUUAUUUUUUGUGGAAAACCGACAGCUUACCAAUUGAGGACUAAAAUUUAUUCUUUUCAAAAAAAAAUGUGUAUAUAAUAAAUAAAUUUUGUAGAUCUUAGUCCUAGUCAAGUGUGAAGUAAACUGUUUGCGAAUCAGAUAUAAACAAAUAAAUUAAUACUUUGCUCAGCCUUAA